AUGUCCAAGGAGAAAGACGAGAAGCAUCAAUCGAGCUAUGUCCUCGGAACAGAUAGCGAUGGGUCCAGCUCAUUCGAUACCAUCAUAGCCUUGGUAGCAGAAGACCACGAACAUGACAUCAAGCUCCGAACUAUGUCCUGGCAGAAGACCGCCUGCUUACUCGCUGGGGACCAGGUGUGCCUGGCCAUCAUGGCCCAGUCAUGGUCUCUCUCGGUUCUGGGAUGGGUUCCCGGCAUCAUCACCAUGGUUCUCUCGGGAAUCAUUUUCUGGAUCACCUCGAUUACCAUGCACAAGUACAUCAUGAAGAAUCCCCAGAUCAAAGAUAUCUGCGAUUUUGGCUACUAUAUCUUUGGCAGGAACCGAGCUGCCUAUAUUUUCUCCGCGUUCAUGCUGCUUGCCAACAACAUCUUGCUCAUCGGGUUCCACAUUCUGACCGGCGCGAAAGUUUUAAACACCCUGUCAGGUCACACAUUGUGCACAGCUGUCUUCGCUGUCAUUGUGACUCUCAUGGGAAUUGUGAUGUCUGCCCCGCGAACUCUCCAACAUAUUAGUUUGAUGUCCAUGUUUUCUUCCGCCUGCAUGGGAAUCGCAAUCCUUCUCUUUCUCAUUUUCGCCGGUAUUGAAAAGGCCCCUCUCUACGGGUACAAUGGUGAUUACCCAACCGAUGGAGCAGUCAAGACCUACGCAUUCCCUCUUCCAGGCACUACCUGGGUUGCAUGCAUGAACGCCGUGCUGAACAUCACAUUCCUCUGGGUUCCCCAGAUCCUGUUUCCCACCUUUAUCGCCGAGAUGGAGAAGCCGCAAGACUUCCCCAAAUCAUUGGCCGUUCUCGCUGGAAUCUCUGCCAUCCUCUUCAUCAUUCCUCCGGCCAUUGGAUUCCGAUAUCUGGGGCAGUACGCCACCGCUCCUGCUUUUGGUAGUCUGGGAGUCGACGCAUACAAGAAGGCUUCUUUCGGAUUCGUCAUCGUGCCUACUCUCAUUAUCGGAGUCAUUUACGCGAAUGUGACGGCGAAGCUGGUCUAUACGCUCGCAAUGGGCAAGUCUCGACACGCUCACAUCGUUCCCAGCAUGGGAGAUUUCCUCUCCCUCCUCAGUGCCGCGUUUGACUCGUUCUUUGGCUUCAUCUUUUUUGCCAUCGCCUACUGGCAGCUUUACCGUGGACGUCUUUUCAACGGUCUGGGCAGGACAGCCAUGACCAUCAUUCAUGCUUUCAUCAUGGUUGUUGGUCUGUUCAUUCUCGGCCCGGGUCUGUAUGCAGCUGUGAAGGCCAUUAUCGCGGAUUAUUCGGGAGCCAUCACGCCUGCUUUUACGUGCGCAAAUGCAGCUCUUUAA